AUCCAUUUGUCAACUCGUGUCACUGCACACACAGCAGGGCUUGAUUCUCGAGGCUAUCCAAAUCGUCAUUAGCUCAAUUACAAUUCUAAAAGAGCAAGAAACAGCUUAAUGCAAUCAACAAGCUGCUACAUUACGUCUGAUAACUUUACUGGGUGUGUUUCCCCUUUCUGAAAAAAAAAGAAUGCUAAUGACGAUUUGGAGUAUAUAACUUUGAAGAUUUACCCCACAGUAACCAUCCAUCGUCAUUAUCCGCUUAAUUUUUUACAGGAUCGCGGUGAGCCGGAGACUAACCCUGGACAUCGCAGGGCACCAUACACACAAACAAACACUCACACAGGGCAAUUUAGAAUGACCUAUCAACCUCAACAGUGUGUGUUUGGACUGUGGGAGGAAACCGGAGUACCCGGAGAAAACCUAUUCAGACACGGGGAGAACAUGCAAACUCCACACAGACAGACCCCUAGGCCAGAAUCGAACCCAGGACCUAGCCCUGUUAGGCAGCAACGCUAACCACCCUGCCACAGUAUCAAUUACCACACUCCUGGAAGCCCAGCUGCAGUCUCAGAGCAGGCAAUAUGACGAGAUGGACGCUCUGCGUACUCAGAACGAGGUUUACAAUGAGAGCUGCUAUCCCAGACCCUGCAGCUCUCCCCCGAGGCUCAAGUGGAGUACAGCAUACAGCAGGAGAUCACAUGCCUCACCAACGAGAACCUGGUGAGGCAUCUCAACCCCAGACUAGCUCUCAAGAGCCAAAUAGCACACCUGUGCGCAUCUCCAAGUCAUAGUCAUUUGUGAGUGCGCCCUGGCUAAUGCAACCAUUGCAAUAAAAUGCAUGUGUAUACUGAUUGUGCAGAAAAUUUAAUUGUGUGCCAAAGGUGGGCCAGAGAUUAUAAAAUCCCAAAAUAAUUUACUGUAUAUCAGUGGAAAGGCAAACAAUGCAAUUUUUAUUUUCGUUUUGCAAAAUACCCAUUUUAGUUUUUAUUCUGUUUGGUGAAAUGAAAAUGUAAGUAAUUUCAACCAGGUAUGCAGAUUGUCACCAUACACUACUAUGUUGAGUUUUCUCUCUUAUGAUGAUGUUGAUGAUGGUGAUGAUUAUGGUGAUGUUGUUGACUAGGACCUGAAAAAGAUGGUAGAGAAACUGCAGAAGAUCAAGAAGCAGCUGAAGAUUUACAUGAAGAAGGUUCACAAACUGAAAUGCCUGACAACCUACAUCCUCUUCAUGUGCAUCAGGCACACAGAUUACAUGAAUGACGACCAGGAGGUGCAAUCCCUGCUCAACUCCACCAUCAACGCCAUCAAAAAAGUAUUAAAGAAACACAAUAAUGAAAUUGAGAUGACCUCUUUCUGGUUGGCUAACACCAGCCACCUCCUGCACUGUCUGAAGCAAUACAGCAAAGAUGAGCCUUCAUAACCCAGAAUACAGCCAAGCAGAACAAGCAUUGCCUGAGGAACUUUGACGUGGCGGAGUACAGGCAGGUCCUCAGCGACCUCUCCAUUCAGAUCUACCAGUAGCUCAUCAGAGUGGCGGAGGGUAUCCUGCAGCCCAUGAUAGUAUCAGCUACAAGGGCGCAACGAUCAUCAGCAGCUGCUGCUGGACAUCAAACACGUUCCCUGUCGUUUUCCCUUACACCCCUUCAGCUCUCAGCCUGGAGACCUUGCACAUACCAGCCAGUCUGAACCUGGACUUCAUAACCAGGGUUUGAUUCCUCUGCACUGAACAAGACAUGGCUGUGACAGGCCCAGUCUGCAACCUGGUGAAAAGAGCCUGAAUAAGGUGGAGGCUUCAGGGCCAGCUUUGAGCUCUGAUGGGACUUUCUAUAUAAUGGUAGUCAGCUUAUCAAAAGACUUCCAAAUGAACCUCUAGUAACAUUAAGCAGUUUUUUAUUUAUUAAUUUUUUAUUGUCCUUUAAUAGUGUCACUUCAUUAUGAUCAAUAUAUGUGACAUAUACAACAGCAAUGUUGCUUGGUACAGUAGAAAAAGCAUGUCUGUUUGGA